UGUAUGUUGCAGUCUGUAAUUAAAAUUUGACUUUUAUUAUGAUUCCCUACGAGUAUUAUAGUUCAAACAGAAGGAUGCUGCUAAAAUAGAUACAAGAUUCUAUUAGCGAUAAAUACUCCUACAUUGCUGACAUUACUUUGUUUGUGGUAUCAUGUUUUUUCAUAACCAGUUGUUAGUUCUAGUUUAAGAAUUGCUUUAAGACGAUUCUUAAUAUAAGUGCUGAAUUUAAUUGUCUUUUUUUCUUUGAUCCGACUUCCGUUACAUAAAAUGUUUUAUAAAAAAUGUUCUAGUCAUUUGGUUUUUAGUUUUAAUUUUGAGUUCACCAGCAGCAUGAGGCAUCGUUGAAAACUAAAUUUUUGAUGCGACUUUCGUUGUAUGAAAUAUUUUAUAAAAAAGUUCUAUCAAUUUUGAGUAUAACUGUUGCAUUGUUUUAAAGUAUUUUUAUUUUAUUUCAAUUCGUUUGCAUGGUUAGUUAUGCGCAAAAAUGUUUCAGGAUUCUUUACCAUGCCUUAAUUCGUGUCUUUAAAUAAACGUAUAUUUUUUCAUGUUAAUUUGUAUAUUAGAGUUUAAUAAACAAACGAACUUACAUACUUUUAUUAUAAUACGUAUUUUAUCAAUCAUAAGCAGAUACCUGUCGGUUUCACCUUUGUUGGUACCGACACGAUGCUGGUUUUAUAUUUCAUUUCUCACGAUAAAAUUGCAAUUUGACUGUAUUGAUCGGGCAACCAAUACGAUUUAUUUUCACGUAAGCGACAUAAAUUGAUCAUACAACUGUAAUACAUAUUACUUAAGGUUUUAUUUUGUGAUUAACAAAAUCUUGCUGAAAUGGCAUUUUUUAUGUAUAUAAACCAAUAGAUUUUAUCAAAAAAUCACAUUCGCUCCAGUAUUCAAGUGAUCAUCAUCGCUUACCUUCUGUUCUACGUGAAUCUACGUGAAUCUCUCUUCAUAAAAUGUAAGUCUGACUCCGAAGUUGAAUACCAGCGCCCAGCAGCUGUAAUCGAAAAAAACGUGCAGCCUCCUAAGAAGAAGACAUCGAAGCGCAAAGCUUCCGGGAGCUGCACGCCUUCGGAACCAAAAUCAAGUAACUACAAGCAGCGCAUCUCAGACCUCUUCGGGUUAGAGGACGGCGAGCUUCUCCCAACAUCGUGCGGGGACCUUGGAUCGUCCCUUGUCAGUCGAGUCGCCAACGGGAAAGUGCGGCGGACGGCUGACUUAACAGGAGACUUUUACGUAGACGUAAAAGUCUACCACAAGGGAGAAGCAGCCUCGACGCGGAGAGAGGAGCGGUGGAAGAAGGCGGCCGUUGCUCUUAAAGUGCAACUUAAUAAAGAUUCUCCGCCGUGGGAGGCUUUGCAAACAUUUAUGCACCGGGCUCAUGAGCUAUUCGAUAGCUCGGAGCCCGUAUUUUAUAGUGACAAUAUAAAAUAAGAUUAUAUUUAAUUUAAUUUUUUAUUUUAAGAUUUAUUAUUUUUUAUAUUUUUUUAUAUUGGAGUACCCCUAUUAAAUGUUUUUCUUUAUAUAUUUCUUUCAUCAUAAGUUAAAGCAGUCUAUAGGUACGUCAGAAAACUUUUUCUUUUUUCCACUUUUUUCCACUUUGAUACAGUUCGUAUCUUUGCGAUUAGUUUAAAGGUUGCUCUUAUUUCAAAGUACCAGUUAGUUAACAUAAUAAUAAAAUGCCUUUCUGCACUGUUUGUAACAAAUCCGUUGAGCGCAGUCACUGGAUAGGUCAUUUACGCAGUACCGAUCAUAAAAACAAAAACAUCUCACAUUUUUGUGAAGGUGUUGAAAUAAUACAUUCCGCAUUUCGUAAUCGUAUAGCUUCUUAUAGAAUUAUUGAUCAGUUUGAUAACUGUUCUCUAGAACUAUUUUUAUAUAAUAUUCGAGAGAAAAUCAAAACUUUAAUAGACAUAUCUCUUAAAGAACAUACUUGUCUCAAAAUUAAUUUUGAAUAUUUUGCUUUGUUUUUUAUGGUUAAAAAUGAUUCUCAGGAGAUGAAAUCAUUUGGUACAAAAAAUUAUACAAUACAUCAAAAUUAUGAAUAUGAUUCAUUAAUAACUAAAAUUCAAAACUCCUUAACAAAGAAGAUUUCAGAAUUCCAGGACCGUGACAGUGGUUGGACAUUCUUGAACAGUUCUCAUUUGGAAGUUAAUAUUAAUAAAUAUCAACCAUUGCAUGGUUCAGGAUUUAUCGAGUUGCCGGCUGCGAUUAAAGCAAAGAAAGCAUGUGUUAACAUACGCAAUAAUGAUGAGUAUUGCUUUUUAUGGUCAGUUGUUGCUGCAUUAUAUCCAGCUAAAAGUCAUCCUGAAAGAGUAUCGUCAUAUCCCAAUUUUAAAAACGUGUUAAACAUAGAGGACAUAUCGUUUCCAUUGAGCUUCUCAGAUAUUGCGCGGUUCGAAGCAAAUAACCCAAAGAUUUGUAUUUAUAUUUAUGGUUUAAAAAAUAAUACCGUGAUAGGACCGCUUUACAAAUCUAAAACCUUAAACAAAAAGGUCGUUCAUUUACUUUAUUUAGAAAGUGACAAUUUUUCACAUUACUGUCUUAUUAAAGAUUUACCGCGACUUGUUAAGAAUCAAAUAACAAAGCAUCACGGUAAAUUGUUCUUUUGUGAUAUAUGUUUAAUGUUUUUUAAUUCAUGUGAUGAGCUUAGUUCACACAGUUGUGGUGGUGUCGCUACUGAACUACCUCCAAGGGGUUCCUUCAUACAGUUUGAAAAUUAUAAUAGGAAGCAACUUGUACCAUUUGUUAUAUACGCAGAUUUUGAAACAAUGCUAGAACGGUUUGAAUCUUGUGACCCUGAUCCAACUAAAGCAAGCACGGUUAUACGACAGCGACAUGUACCGGUAGCUUUUGGUUACCAUAUUACGUGUACGCUAGACGCAAACUACAAUUGCUACGUUUCAUAUCGCGGCUUAGAUUGUGUAUCCAAGUUUGUGAAAUCUAUUUACAAAGACGCACAAAGAAUUUAUGAUAUUUUAAAAAAUAAUGUGCCCAUGAUUUACACGGAUGAAAAUGCUCAUGACUUUGAAAAUGCAAUCACAUGUCAUAUUUGCGAACACUUCUUAUUCGGUGAUAGGGUCCGCGAUCAUUGUCACUUGACUGGUAAAUAUCGCGGCGCCGCUCAUAAUUAUUGUAACCUACAAUACAAACUGCCGUCAUUUUUGCCAGUAUUUUUUCAUAAUUUAUCAGGUUAUGAUUGUCACCUUUUUAUAAAAGAAUUAGCUGAAGCUCCUGGAUCUAUUAAAGUGCUACCUAAAACAAAAGAAAACUAUAUUUCUUUCACAAAGUUUAUUCCGAUUUCAUCCAAGGAAAGCAUACAGGUUCGCUUUGUAGAUUCUUUUAAGUUUUUAGGAACUAGCUUAGAAAAAUUAGUUAGUACCAUGAAGAAACAAGAGUUUAAACAAUUAAAAUCCUAUUUUCCAGACCAAAAACAAUUUGAUUUGCUUAUUCGUAAAGGAGUGUAUCCAUAUGACUAUAUGUCUCAAUGGGAACAUUACCAAGAUACCAAUUUGCCAUCUAAAAAACAAUUUUAUAACUCUAUGACUAAUGAAUCUAUUACAGACGAAGACUAUGAAUACGCUCAGACGGUCUGGUUAGAGUUCAAUAUUCAAAAUAUGGGUAUGUACACAGAUUUAUAUCUUAAAACAGACGUUCUAUUGCUGGCAGAUGUAUUUGAAAGUUUUAGAAUAACUUGUAAACGAUAUUAUAAUCUCGAUCCUGCAUUUUAUCUUACAGCACCAAGUUUGUCAUUUGAUGCAAUGCUUUUGAAAACAGGUGUUAAAUUAGAAUUGAUUAGCGAUGUUGAAAUUUUUAGAAUGAUACAAAAAGGUAUUCGAGGAGGUGUUUGUAUGUGUUCCAAAAGACAUGUCAAAGCCAAUCAUAAAUAUUUGGAUUCUUACGAUCCGUCCCAUCCUAAUUCUUACAUUAUUUAUUUAGACUGUAACAAUUUAUACGGUUAUAGCAUGUGUCAAUUCCUGCCCUAUUCCGAUUUUAGAUUUAUGAAUAGACGAGAAAUUGAUCAUUUACAAUUGAAUUUAGAAGACAUCGGGGAUGAUGCCGAAAACGGUUACAUUCUUGAAGUCGAUUUAAUAUAUCCAGAGAAUUUACACAUGGAACACAAUGACUUUCCAUUUUGUCCGGAAAAAUGCUUGCCACCGGGUGGUAAGAAUAAAAAACUAAUACCGAAUUUAUACGAUAAAUAUCACUAUGUUAUUCAUUACGUGCAUUUAAAAAAAUGUCUACAGCACGGGUUAGUUUUGAGAGGGAUCCAUCGUGGUAUAACAUUUAAGCAAAGUUCUUUUUUAAAGCAAUAUAUUGAUCUUAACACUCAGUUACGCCAAAAUGCAGAGUCGACGUUUGAACAAGAUUUUUUCAAAUUACUAAAUAAUAGUAUAUUUGGAAAAACUCUGGAAAAUAAUGAACAUCGAAUAGAUGUUAAGUUAGUUACCAACUGGUGUGACUUGACGAAUACAACAAAAAAGACCACUUGUGCUGAGAAAUUAAUAGCUAGCCCCUAUUUUCAUAGCGCCUCUGUAUUUUCUGAUGAUGUAGUAGCAAUCCAAAUGAAACCUUCGCGUAUUAUUCUCAAUAAGCCAAUAUACAUAGGUUUCACUGUAUUAGAAUUAUCUAAGAGUCAUAUGUACGAUUUCCACUACUCCACCAUAAAACCUUUUUAUGGUAACCGAGUGGAAUUGUGCUACACCGACACUGAUAGUUUAGUUUAUAAUAUACAGACUAAUGACGUUUAUAAAGAUUUCAAGCUUAAUUUUCUAAAACAUUUUGAUACAAGCAACUACGACUGUAACAACGAAUUUAAUUUGCCUAUUAUUAACAAGAAGGUUCCAGGGCUGUUUAAGGAUGAAAUGGGUGGUAAAAUUAUAAAAGAAUUUGUAGGAUUACGAUCAAAACUUUAUUGUAUUAAAACAUUAAACAAAACAAUAAAGAAAGCAAAAGGUACAAAAAAAUGUGUUAUGAAAAAUUUAAAUAUGUUAGAUUAUAAAAAUGUUUUGUACAACUGCGAUGUCAUUCGCAAAAAAAAUUUAUUGUUUAGGUCAAUUAAACAUGAAAUAUUCACACAGGAUGUUAAUAAAAUAGCUCUCUCAAGCAAUGACGAUAAACGGCUGCUAUUGUCUGAUAAGGUGUCUACUUUAGCCUGGGGAAAUGCAAAUAUAUUUAUGUAAUUACAGAUUUUUUUAUAAAUUGUUGUAAUAUUUCCUAAUAUAUAAUUCUAAAAUGUGUAUUUUUGGGGUGCUCCAAUCAUGUAAGUAGAUGUAUUUUAGAGAUAAACUUAAGUAAGGUAAUUAAUAGUUAAUAAUUAAUAAUAAGCGUCUUUUAUUUGUAGAUUUAUAAAUAAAUAGUAUUUUAUCCGUAA